AUGGCAGGAAACAACGUUUUGUGGCAGCCCCAGGUGAUGGAGGACAUGCUACGAUGCUACAAAGAGAAGAUACAAGCUGAGGGAAGACUAUUGUUUUUUCGUGAGACAAGUAUGCGGGAGUUCAGUGUUCUACAAGCACCAUACGAUCUUCCUUCCACUCAGGAUGGAGAUUUAAUUGGUGAUAAGAAUGCGAAUCAUGGUGAGGAUGUUCACCUAGGUUUGCAGUACGAUUCAGAGUGCUUGGCUGAAGAGGAUGGCAAUAAUGGGGGAAGCUCAUCUAGUAAGCGUCCUGCUGCUAGCAAGCCUGAAAAAGUGAAGAGGAUUAAGCGUGAUGAUAGAGCCAUCUCAGAGAGAGAAUCACUUGCGAAGGACUGGUAUCAACAACAACGUUUUGUGCUUCAUUAA